AUGCCUGCUUAAAAAAUGUUAUAAGAAUAUUUAUCGAAGGAAUGCUCGAUUUGUUUGUUGCAAUUUGAGAAAAAAGAAAAAUUUAGAAUAACUCCUUGUAAUCAUAUAUUUCAUGAUUAAUGCUUAUAAGAUUGGACAAAGAAAAAUAGUUAAUGUCCAUUAUGUAGAUAAGGAUUGAAAGAAGAAGAUAUUUAACAAUUUUUUACUAAGAUUCAUAGUAACAAUAAUGAAUCUUAAAGAGGUAUAAAUAAAAAGCCCUCUGUUUAAUUUAUUGCAUUAACAAACUCUGAAUACACUUAUUAGAAUGGAAACAAAUCUGACAAUUCUCCAUCAAAUAAUUUCUGCAUGAGCAAUUCUGGGAGGUAAAUGAGCAUCUAGAUUAUUCGUGAUGAGAUAUUGGAAUGA